GCGGAGCGGGGCCGGGCCGAGGCCGGGGCGGGCGAUGGCGGCUGCGGCGGUAGCCCUUUCGGCGGCCCGCCUGGAGAGCGUGCGGGCGCUGUCGGCUCUGUUCCGGGAGGCGCAGCCCAGAGAAACAGCAGAAGAAAGUGUAUUUCGGGAUGUCCUGGAAAUCCUGACAAGCGCUUCGAGUGCCAUUGAGCAGACCUGUAAGGACUCCUGUGGACUGGCAGGUCUGGACACCUGCCUGCUGCUCGUAGCAGAGUGCUUCAGAUGUCUGAGGAAUGCCUGUGUUGAGUGUGCCAAGAAUCAACAUGUCAUGAGGAACUUGGGUCUCAUCUCUACAUCUGUCCAUUUGAUAAAGUUGCUUCAUGGAGUACAAAUCAAAGAAGAAUUGUUACUGACUGCUCUUCGUUGUAGUCUCCAGUUUCUUGGAAACAUUGCAGCAGGAAAUGGAGAUUCUCAGAAUAGCAUUUGGAAGUGUGCUUUCCCAGAUCUCUUCUUGACGUGCCUGACAUACAGUGAUGAGAAAAUUGUCACCUAUUGCUGCAUGUUCCUGUUCACCUGCCUGAAUUCAGAGCGAGUGAGAGAACUGCUGGAUCCUGGGAACCUGGCUGUGGCUCUUCACGUGCUGAGAGUCUACAAAGAACAGCUGGAUUCUGAGUGGUCGUUCCUGAUUGUUACAGAACAUUUGCUGAAGUGUCCAGAGCUGGUAAAAGCCCUCUAUGCCAAACUGAGCAAUCAAGAAAGAGUUACUUUGUUAGAGCUGAUGAUGGUGAAAGUAAGUGACAAGAACUCAGUUACCAGUGAAGAAAUGAAUGUGUUUGUGAGACAUGCUGACUUCCUUGCAGUCUGUUUCCAAGAGAAAUGUGGAGCUGUGCUCAAGUUAACUGCUGCAGCAGAUGCAGAAGAUGAGGAAGCACUGGUGACAAUUCGUCUUCUCGAUGUUCUUUGUGAAAUGACCUCAAACAACAGCCAGCUGGAACAUCUGCAGGCAUUCCCUGGUUUGCUUGAAACAGCUGUAGAUACCCUGAGAUUAACUCACCUUGCUGGGAAACAGGCUGUCAAUAUUUUCACUGCCACACAUGCUGUGACAGGGCAGGAAGAAAUUUCACAUCCAGCCGUGGGUUUCAAAUCUCAUCUCAUCCGUUUGAUUGGAAAUCUGUGCUACAAGAACAAGGAAAACCAAGACAAGGUGUAUGACUUGGAUGGCAUUUCCUUGAUUCUGGACAAUUGCAGCAUUGAUGACAACAAUCCUUUUGUGAGCCAGUGGGCAGUUUAUGCCAUCCGGAAUCUGACUGAGCAGAACGAGCGGAACCAGGCGCUGAUCGCGCAGAUGGAGCAGAAGGGGCUGGCAGACAGCUCUGCCCUGGAGAGGAUGGGCUUGGAGAUACAGCAACGAGAUGACAAGUUAAUUCUGCGGUCAGCCAGGAAAAAGCCCUCCUGAGCAAAAAUAUUAGCAAUAGUCAGAUCGCUAAAAGGGUAUUUCUCUUAUAUUUCCCCUUGCCCAGCAAUCAGUUUUUUCAGUUUUAGUGCCACUCUGUUGAAAAUGUUGUUUGUUUUCAGAAAAACUGCCAGAUGAUGCUUCUGCCUCCCUUUGCUGUGAACAAAAGAUCAUCUGUGUGUUUUCUAUGUACCUGGGUAAAUCAGCUUCUGAAAAAAUGUCCUUCUUGUCAGUUGGCUGGAAUUUCAUGACUUCUUUUUUCAUCAGUAGAAGAAUGUUAUAUUUGCAGUAUUGAAAUUAUAUAUAAAUUAUAAUUUCCUUUGCUGAACCUGGAGAUAAUUGUCAUUUUAAAACUCUGCAAAGAAUGAGCUCCUUUGCAGGCUGCCUUCUCCAUGUAAAAGACCUGUGCUGAGUCAGGGCUAAACAAGCAAAGUUACUAAUUUUCAGUCAUGGGAUCUAAAUAUCUCUAUUUAUAUAAGCAUCAAGGGAAUGUUGGAUGUACUUAAAUAUUUAGUGAAUUAAACACAGUGUGCCUUUUGUCUGUUUAAAUUAUUAGUAAACUGUCUUUUCUACCUUGAUACCUAUCAGUCUUCAUGACAAGUAUAUUAAAACCAAAGCUGAAGCUGUUGUGGCAA